AUGAGGAGCAUCAAAUCGGUAGUGGUAGGAGAUGGAGGAGUAGGUAAAACUUGUCUAUUGAUAUCGUACACCACCAACACAUUCCCCGAUGACUACAUUCCAACGGUAUUUGACAAUUAUUCAGCAUCAGUGUUAAUUGAUGGUGAGCCCAUCAAGUUGGGAUUAUGGGAUACUGCAGGCCAAUCAGAGUACGAUAGGUUAAGACCAUUAUCUUACCCACAAACGGAGAUUUUCUUAUGUUGUUUUUCAGUAGUCAGCCCCGAUUCUUUUCAAAAUAUCAAAUUGAAAUGGAUACCAGAGAUCCAUCACCAUUGUCCCAAGGAUGUAUUGGUAUUGUUGAUUGGAACCAAAACAGAUUUGCGAGAUGAUCCUCAUGCUUUGGAUGAUUUGGGUUCCAAGGGGGUAAAACCAAUAACUGAAGAGCAGGGUAACAAAUUGGCCAAAGAUAUUGGCGCCGUCAAAUAUUUGGAAUGUUCAGCAGCUACGCAGAAUGGUGUUAAAGAGAUAUUUGAUUUUGCAAUUAGAGCCGUAUUAGACCCACCUGACUCGCAUAGUAAAGAUUAUAUCAGGUCAAGCAGUUUAAGCGGGUCAACCUUGAAUAAUAACGGGUCUGAUAGAGAAGCCGCAGGUAAAGGAGGAUUGCAACGUAGAUUUGGAAGUUCUAGUGGAGGUAGCAGUGGCAGUGGUAGUGGUGGUGCCAUCGGAGCUGGUAGUGGUGCACCAGGUAAAAGGAGGAAGGUUAAGAGGGCAAAGAAGUGUACAAUAUUGUAA